ACUUGCAUCAGCUAGCAGUGAUCGAUGCCCUUGUGAUAUAGGCGUUACAAUAAGGAACAUCCUUCUACAGGUUAUUCAGAAACAGUUUUGCUAUUCCUGCUGUGUGCGCACGAAAAAUACAUAGAAAAGAAAGAUGAGGAGGGCAGAGCUUGUGUUCAUCCCUGCCCCCGCAGUGGGUCACCUCGUCUCCAUAGUCGAAUUUGCAAAGCUUUUACUUGAUCGGGAGGAUUGUUUCUCCAUCACUGUUCUCCUCAUAAACCCACCAUUUCCACCCACGUUCGAUUCCUUCAUUCAAUCAACUGCUGCCUCCCACACCCGCAUCAAAUAUAUUUACCUUCCCCAAGUAGAGCCUCCUCCGGAAGAGCUUUUCCGUGUCUCUGUUGAAAAAUAUGUCGCCGAUUUCAUUGGCAGUCACAAAGCCCAUGUCAAAGAAGCUGUCAGCAACAGCGUGUUAUCCAAUUCGAUUCCGCUUGCCGGGUUCGUGGUGGACAUGUUUUGCAACCCCAUGAUCGACGUGGCACAUGAGCUCGGUGUCCCAUCUUAUGUGUUCUUCACUAAUAACGCAGCCUGUCUUGGCUUCUCGCUCUACCUGCCGACACGGCAUGACCAGGUUGGUAUCGAGUUUAGUGAGUCGGAUUCUGAGUCGGACAUACCGAGUUAUGUCAACCCGGUUCCUUCUAGUGUUUUGCCUUCGUUUGUGUACCACAAAGACGGUGGGUACAUCUCCAUGGUCAAUCUUGGUAGGAAGUUAAAAGAGGCCAAGGGUAUUAUCGUCAAUUCAUUUCAUGAGAUGGAACCCCAUGCGUUCAGCACGUUUUUGGACGAUGGAAUCCCUCCUGUUUACGGAGUGGGGCCGUUGAUUAACCUCAAGGGUCACACAAAUUCAGAGGCGAAUCAGGCGGAACAUGAUAAGAUCAUGGAGUGGCUCGACGAUCAGCCUCCAUCAUCCGUGGUGUUCUUAUGCUUCGGGAGCAUGGGGAGCUUCAGUGCGCCGCAGUUGAAAGAGACCGCGCAUGGGCUCGAGCGGAGCAGGCACCGGUUCCUGUGGUCCGCACGAUUGGCAUCCCCACCAGGUCAUGAUAAGUCUGAUUGCCAGAAUCUCGAGGAGGUCUUGCCUGUAGGAUUCUUGGAAAGGACAAGAGAAAUCGGAAUAAUUUGUGGGUGGGCCCCACAGGUGGAGGUCCUGGCCCACAACGCUAUCGGAGGGUUUGUAUCGCAUUGCGGGUGGAACUCGAUCUUGGAGAGCCUGUGGCAUGGCGUGCCUAUUGCUGCGUGGCCGAUUUACGCGGAGCAGCAAAUCAAUUCCUUCCAGAUGGUGAGGGAUCUGGGUUUAGCUGUGGAGCUGAAAUUGGAUUAUAGGAGCGGUGGGGAGGUUGUGGCGGCGGAGGAGAUUGAAAAGGCGGUGAAGUGUUUGAUGGAUGGUGAGGGUGAGGUGAGGAAGAGGGUGAAAGAGAUGAGUGGGAAGAGCAGGAAGGCUGUAAUGAACGGUGGAUCUUCUUUCGCUUCACUUGGACAGUUGAUUGAGACAAUGCAAGGAAACAAUGUUGUACCAACAUAGUAGCAAAAAUUGGUGCACUUUUUUAGGUUUCAAUGUUUUUUUUUUUUUUUUUUUUGCCCAUUUUUAUGUUUGUGAGUUUUAAGUUUGAUGUUUGUGGUACUUCUAUCUUCGUAAUUAUGGUAACAUUUAUAGAUACUUUAUCUAGGUGUGGACCGUUUCAGUGGUUGCAAAUUGCAAUGGGUGGUCCCUAUAGUGUGGAUUUUCGACUUUUUAUUUUUUCAAUAUUUAUGCUUA